AUGGCCGCUCACACCUAUGCCUCCAUGGCCUCGGGAAAGCUCUACGACGUAGCCAACCCGCGUAAGCUCAACGACGUCGUCGCGGCCGACGAGAAUAUGAACAAGAUAAUCAAAGCCCGGAUCUUCCGCGCCGAGGCCGCCGCUGCGAACGGCUUCGAGACUCUCGGCCUCUAUGCGGCCGGCGUGGUCGCUGCCAACGUGGCCGGCGUGGAUCCCCGUUUUGUUAACACCAUCAGCUUCAGCUACAUCGGCCUCCGCAUUUUGUACAACAUCGUCUACAUUCGUCUGCAGGACAACCGCAAUUGGGCCCCGGUGCGCAGUCUCUCAUGGAUUCUCAGCAUCGCUUGCACCUUUACGCUUUACUUCACUGCCGCCUCGAAGUUCGCUUCUGCCUAG